GAAUAUUUGAGUGUGUUAUGUAUUUUUAAUCCGUGUCAUAUGGAGGCUUUUACUUUGCCUCAUGUUCUAUUUUUUCUCUUGCGGGAGGAAUUCACGUUAGCUGUCCUGCUAGGCUACAUUCACCAAAUUCAACAAAAGGUAAGUUACAGUUGUUUGUUUUUAAUUUGUUUGUCUCUAUCGCCAGUUCAGUUUUGGUGUUUAAUCGAAAGGUACAUGGCUGCAGAUGAAAAACCAAUUCAGUCAAAAGUGUAAAACGUAGCUAGUUAGCUAGCUAGCUAUGUAGGUACCCUGAAGGGACGUGUGAAGCUAAUGCAUGAAGCUCGUAUAGUCUUAUUGAAAAUGUCGGUAUUUAUCCCUUCCAAAUUUAUAUGACAUGCAAUUUUGAGUAAUAGAAACUAAUAAAAUCUAAAGAAUCUGAGUAUGUGUUUUAAUAAUUUACACAUGAAAGGAUUAUAUUGAUAUUUUAAGCCGCUCUACUUUUGACCAAUGAAAUCCUGCAAAAGCCUUAUGACUUUGUAUAGCAUCUUCAUUGUUGAUGAUGGCCUUCAGUAAAAAAAAAAAAAAAAAAAAAUUAAACUGUUACUACUCUGUCUCAUUCCGGUUGUAGUUCAAAGCACAGGUUUAUAUUAAUGUACUCCUUAACAGCUCAUUCACAGUAUACCAUAUACAUAUAAUCAUUGAAGAAAAAGGUUGCUUUAAGGAAAAGCUUAUUUACCAUUCAUGGAAGGAAUGUCAGGUGUCAGCGCCUUAUAAUGACGGUAAGUUUUCCAUCAUGGGAGAGUCCUCAGGACAGAAGAGUUUACGCUUUGUGGUUUCUCUGUUAAAUAGCAAGCUGCAUUUUUGACUUAAUAACUUUAAGUGAAAGUAAAAAUGUGGUGGUGAGGGAGUGAAUGUUUAUAGCUGUUGUAACUUAAGUGAUAACAGGAGCUUGUGUUGUGGACGUUCCACAACAUUAAAUGUAACUAUAAGCAGUUAAACAGUAUGCCCUGUCAUAUUAUUAAAUGAAAAAUUGUAAUUGUUGACAAAUUACUGUGGUAUAAGAGGAAUAACACUUCGGAACUUAACGUUAUACGAAAAUAAUCAACUUUGGGGUGAUUACACACCACCACGUUAUUGAUUAUUUGCUAGAACAGCAUACCCGUCAUGUUUUCUUCCUCAUUUAGUAAUCAGUGCAAUGCUAGUAAGGUAUUUGUGCAGUUCUGGCAGUGAAGUGACUUGUUACAGUCUUAUCACUGUGGGUAGGAACCACCUGACGUGUAGAUCUAUCAAGUGAAGUAGCCAGCCAGCUAGAGAGUCUCAGAUGUUGGGAUGGUCUGGUAUGCAAAACGAUAGCCUCUAUUUUAUUCUAGCUGCUAUUUCUUUGUUUCAAGAGGAGAAUGUGUUCCAAUUUGGUGGACUUGUUUGGGCGACAGCAGGAGUCUAGUCUGCAACACACUUUUUUAUUGUGAGAACUCCAUUAAUCCUUAAACAGACCAGUGAAGACCUUUGUUUGCAGAUCUUUACUAAACACAUGCCUGCCUUGAAAAUUUUUUACAGAACAGGAAACAGCAUCUAGCUAUCCUCGCAAUUAUCAACACACCCAUUUCAGAAUCCCUGUGUCAUGGUGUGUCAGACAUGAUUGCAUAAUGCACCAACAUCUGUAUGAUUAUGUCUCACUGAUGCUUGGAGGUGAAUGAUAGUCUGCAACUCAACCAGCAUCAACUUCUCUUCUUUGAAUACUACUCUUGCUGAGUAGUUGCUUUGUCUGCUGUUUUGUCGUCUCACCAGCCCUGCAGCAUGUCUCAGAAAUACCCCUACACGAACACAGACGAUGACUUUCAAUCACAUCAAGACAUGUAUGCAGAUUCGUACAGGAGACAGUACCGGCCAGGCGUUAGAUCCUCGUCUCAGGAGCAAAAAUGCUCUACAACAUCUUCCAACAGAACUGUAGACUCUCCUGUCCACUUACCCGGGAUGGCUUUGUCAUUUCUGCACAGCUGUGGACUGGACUCGAGCGAUAUUGCCCACCUUGCAGAACUUCCUGAGCAUCUCUUCACGGUCGAGACACUUUCCAAAAUGCUUUUACAGAUCAAAGAACGUAAAUUGUCCAAUGCUUCAUCAUCUAGGCCCAGCAUAAGUCAGCCUCUUGACAAUACCUCGACUCGUCCCCGGGAGGGUAGUAGCCACACCGAACCUGUUGAGUAUCCGAUUGAUCGACCCGCACAUCCAGUGUACCCUCUUCCUCCAGAGCAAGUUCAAACCUGGCAAGACCGCUGGGGGAAUCCUCGAAGAAUGAGUUCUUUAACCACUGCUACCAGUGGUUCCAGCACUAAGUGCAGCAAUGUUUCAGACUGCAGCCUCUCCAAGGAAACUGGCCCAUAUUGCAAUACCAAAGAAUCACCAGGGGCUUCGUCACGCUCUUUUGUUGAUUUUGGACCGAGGCCUCUCCUUUCCCUGAGAUUAGAGCCACCUGUUAUCGCACCUACUAGGAAGGAGGCCUCAGACUUCAAUUGCAAAAUUCCCCCGGCUUUUCCUCAUGUGUGUUGUCUCUGUGACAUUUCUGUCCGUUCUACAAAGGAGUGGCUUUUUCAUGUUCGGGGUCGUGAGCAUACUAAAAGUCAGCUUGAACUUGUGAAAAAGUACCCAAAGUGGUCACAAAAUAUCGAAUCUGCGAGAAGGAAUGAAAGCUCGGAAGUUUACAAGGUGCCAACCAGGACAGAGGCCUCAGACUUCAAUGGCACCGUUCCCCCAGUUUUUCCUUACUUGUGUGCUCUCUGCAACAUCACUGUCUUUUCUGAAAAGGACUGGUCUGUGCAUGUUACAAGUGGUCAGCAUGCUAAGAGCCAGCUUGACCUUAUGGAAAAGUACCCAGAGUGGGAUGGGACUGUUCAAUCUUCUAGAAGAAAUGAUGGUCACACCGCCACAGACAGAAGAGAUGGAACCUCAAAAGAAAAUACUUCAGACAUGAAGAUUUCACAAGCGACAAAUGAAGGCAAAGUGAUCUGCGUUAAAUUUGAAACUAAUACAGUGGAAGAAAAAUAUUUGAGAAAAUUGCUUGGACAGUUUGGAGAAGUUGUGCAAAUAGGAAUGUUCCCUAGAAUGGCGUAUGUGGAAAUGCAAUCAAAAGACCAGUCAGAGGAUAUAGUAAAAUACUUUGCAGGAAACCCUUUGAAAGUUCAGGAAAAGCAGGUUGAAUUUUCUAUCUUUGCAGACUUCAGUUUUUAGCCAAGUUCUCGAGUUGUAAGCUUCACACCAUUACCUGCUGGAGAUGGUAUCACUGCAGAGUUGACUGCCAUUGCUAAACGUUUUGGAUCUGUCAAAAAAUCCUUGUUUCUGCCAAACCGGGGUUUUGUGGAAAUGACUAGUUUAGCAGAAGCCAAGAAAUUGGUCGAAUACUACUCAGCCAAUCAACUGAAAUUAAAAGGCAAAUUCAUUCAAGUCACCUUCUCUUGUGAAUAUAACUCAUUAAGAGAGGCAGACGUUAAUUACAGAACACAAUCCCGGCGCUCUCACUCUCACAGAAGAUCUAGUCCAGGCAGGCACAGCAUUCAGAGGGACUCUCCUAGUCCCAGGAGAAGACGUUCGUCAGAGAAGACCCACUCUAGCCCUAAGAGAAGAUGCUCAUCAGAAAGGACUCGCUCUAGCCCCAAAAGAAGACACUCAUCAGAGAGGACUCAUUCUAGCCCCAAGAGAAAAUGUUCAUCAGAGAGGACCCAUUCUAGCCCCAAAAGAAGACAUUCAUCAGAGAAGACCCACUCUUCUAGGAGUCACCACGUAAAAGAGCCUGAAGAUUCUCAAAAAUCCAAGGAGAGCUCUAGUACUUUCUCAAAUUCAUGCCACUCCUCAAGCUCAGCUGCUAAAGAUGAAGCUACAAAAUCAAGUGCAGAUACACAAGAAAAGAGAAGUGUGAGCAACAGCUAUGUUGAAAGCAUGGAUUCAGACAGUGACCUUGAAGGGCUAGAAGUGAUAGCAGAUGAUGGUGAAGAAUUGGGGAAUGACAUUGAUGAUUAUGAGCCCACAACACAUGACCAGGAGAAUUUACCAUCAGAACCUAUGGAUAUAACAGACAUUCACACAGAAGAACAAGUAAAGCCUGGAGAAGUUUCUCCAAAUGCUGAUACAGCAGAAGCAUCAAACAGUCUAAAGGAGGGCCAAAAGUUUGAAGAACAGGAAGAUCAGGAAAUAAAGGAGGAGGACCAUGACUUCCUGAAGAUACUUGAAAAUUAUGUGACCUUAGAUGAAUUCAUGGAAGAAAAUUCUUCAGAUUCUCAAGAAUCAGUUGAAGCAAAGGCCUCAAUCCCAAAAACUGAGGGUUUUGUUGAGAUGGCGCUCGCAUCUGAUGCUGAGAGAGUCGCAGCCAAUUCUAAAAAUCAAGAUAUUGUACUACGUGGUAACGUCUUGAAGAUUAAAAUGUCUGAGAAAUUCUGCCAUCUACCAGAAGAAGGACACAGACCCCCACCCUCAGAGGACAAAUGGCCAGCCAAGAGGGAGCACUCUGAGGAGAGAGAGGAAAGCCAGAGCAGUUCCUCAGCAAAAACUACCACCAUGAAUGAAGAGGAACCCCCAUCCAAAAAAGCUAAAGAGAAGAAGCCUAGCGAGGAGAAAGCUCUGAGUGUACCAAAGGAGGAGGAUGUGGAGGUCAAAUCUGAGCCUUGUGAGAGUGUAGCUGAAGUGAACAGUGAGCAUACAGAGGAACACAACACAGAUAUGACAGAAACUCAGAACGUGGAACUCAAACCACCGAAGGUUGAGAAUGACAUCGAUGUUCCUCCUACUGAAUCUUCAUCUGUUGCAUCCUCUGCUGGUGUGUCUGAGAAGAGCCAAGAGCCAACUGAAGCCCCCACGCCUCCAACUGAGUCUGUCACAAAGCCUGAAACCAUUAUAGAUGCUCUCAGUCCAUAUGAGCCAGACGUUCCUGUGGGUGUGGAGUUUGUGAAGAUGGGCUAUUACUGUAGAGUGUGCUUCCUUUUUUACUCCAAUGAAGACACUGCUAAAAAGGUUCACUGCAGUAGCCAAGCACACUACGAGAAACUCAAGAAACACCUGGAAAAGGAGAAGGCCAAAGCACAAAGUAAUCAUGAGAAGAACUUGAACAAGGACUACCAAAGGAGCACCGCUGACCUGAGUGGUGGACCACUCCCAGAACAGCAGUGUAUGGAUUACAAGGCACUUGGAGCUGCUUCCUCUGCUGUUUUGUCAUCUGGAAAUCACCAGCCCUGCAGCAUGUCACAGAAAUACCCCUACACGAAUACAGGGGAUGACUUUAUAUCACAUCAAAACAUGUAUGCAGAGUCAUACCAGAGACAGUACCGGCCACGCAUUAGAUCCUCGUCACAGGAGCAAAAAUGCUCUACAACAUCUUCCAACAGAACUGUAGACUCUCCUGUCCACUUACCCGGGAUGGCUUUGUCAUUUCUUCACAGCUGUGGACUGGACCUGAGCGACCUUGCCAACCUUGCAGAACUUCCUGAGCAUCUCAUCACGGUCGAGACACUUCCCAAACUGCUUUUACAGGUCAAAGAACGUAAAUUGUCCAAAGCUUCAUCAUCUAGGCCCAGCACAAGUCAGCCACUUGACGAUACCUCGACUCGUCCCCGGGAGGGUAGUAGCCACACCGAACCUGUUGAGUAUCCGAUUGAUCGACCUGCGCAUCCAGUGUACCCUCUUCCUCCAGAGCAAGUUCAAACCUGGCAAGACCGCUGGGGGAAUCCUCGAAGAAUGAGUUCUUUAACCACCAGUACCAGCGGUUCCAGCACUAAACGCAGCAGUGUUCGAGACUACAGCAUCUCCAAGGACACUGACCCAUACUGCGAUACCACAAAAUCCUCAGAGGCCUCAUCGUGCUCUUUUGUUGAUUUUGGACCGAGGCCUCUCCUUUCCCUGAGAUUAGAGCCACCUGUUAUUACACCUACUAGGAAGGAGGCCUCAGACUUCAAUUGCAAACUUCCCCCAGCUUUUCCUCAUUUGUGUUGUCUCUGUGACAUUUCUGUCCGUUCUACAAAGGAGUGGUUUUUUCAUGUUCAAGGUAGUGAGCAUGCUAAAAGUCAGCUUGAACUUGUCAAAAAGUACCCAAAGUGGGAUCAGACUGUUGAAUCGGCGAGAAGGAAUGAAAGCUCGGAAGUUUACAAGGUGCCAACCAGGAAGGAGGCUUCAGACUUCAAUGGCACCGUUCCCCCAGUUUUUCCUUACUUGUGUGUUCUCUGCAACAUCACUGUCUUUUCUGAAAAGGAAUGGUCUAUACAUGUUACAAGUGGUCAGCAUGCUAAGAGCCAGCUUGACCUUAUGGAAAAGUACCCAGAGUGGGAUGGGACUGUUCAAUCUUCUAGAAGAAAUGAUGGUCACACCUCCACUGACAUAAGAGAUGGAACCUCAAAAGAAAAUACUUCAGACAUGAAGAUGUCACAAGCGAAAGAUGAACAGAGUUCUCGAGUUGUAAGCUUCACACCAUUACCUGCUGGAGAUGGGAUCAGUGCAGAGUUGACUGCCAUUGCUAAAUGUUUUGGAUCUGUCAGAAAAUCCUUGUUUCUGCCAAACCAGGGUUUUGUGGAAAUGACUUGUUUAGCAGAAGCCAAGAAAUUGGUCGAACACUACUCAGCCAAUCAACUGAAAUUAAAAGGCAAAUUAAUUCAAGUCACCUUCUCUUGUGAAUAUAACUCACUAAGAGAAGCAGAAGUCAAUGACAAAACACAGUCCCGGAGCUCUCACACCCACAGGAGAUCUAGCCCAGGCAGGGACAGCAUUCAGAGGGACUCUCCUAGUCCCAGAAGAAGACGUUCGUCAGAGAAAACCCACUCUAGUCCUAAGAGAAGACGCUCGUCAGAAAGGACUUGCUCUAGCCCCAAAAGAAGACACUCAUCAGAGAAGACUCAUUCUAGCCCCAAGAGGCAACGUUCAUCGGAGAGGACUCAUUCUAGCCCCAAAAGAAGAUGCUCGUCAGAGAGGACUCAUUCUAGCCCCAAGAGAAGACGCUCAUCAGAGAGGACUCAUUCUAGCCCCAAGAGAAGACGCUCAUCAGAGAAGACUCAUUCUAGCCCCAAGAGAAGACACUCAUCAGAGAGGACUCAUUCUAGCCCCAAGAGAAGACGCUUGUCAGAGAGGACCCAUUCUAGCCCCAAAAGAAUACGCUCAUCAGAGAGGACUCAUUCUAGCCCCAAAAGAAGACAUUCAUCAGAGAGGACCCACUCUUCUAGGAGUCACCAUGGAAAAGAGCGAGAAGAUUCUCGAAAAUCCAAGGAGAGCUCUAGUACUUCCUCACAUUCAUGCCAUUCCUCAAGCUCUGCUGCUAAAGAUGAAGCUACAAAAUCAAACGCAGAUACAGAAGAAAGGAGAAGUGUGAGCAACAGCUAUGUUGAAAGCGUGGAUUCAGACAGUGACCUUGAAGGACUAGAAGUGAUAGCAGAUGAUGGUGAAGAAUUGGUGAAUGACAUUGAUGAUUAUGAGCCCACAACAAGUGACCAGGAGAAUGGAGAAGAUUCUCCAAAUGCUGAUACAGCAGAAGCAUCGAACAGUCUGAAGGAGGGCCAAAAGUUUGAAGAACAUGAAGACCAAGAAAUAAAGAAGGAGGACCAUGACUUUCCCAAGAUCCUUGAAAAUUGUGUGACCUUGGAUGAAUUCACGGAAGAAAAUUCUUCAGAUUGUCAAGAAUCAUUUGAAGCAAAGGCCUCAAUCCCAAAAACUGAGGAAUCAUCAAAUGAAGUUACUACAUCCACAAAUCCUGUCUCCUAUAUGAAGCAAAGUGAUAAAGAAUCUGAUUUGCCUAAAGAAGAAAGUACCAGCAAAACAACUGCAGAACCCAAUACCUCAGAGAACCUAGAAGAUGCUGUUGAUCAGUCUAAAGAGGAACAGGACACUGAGAGAGUGACAGACGACCUCAAGGAACCCUUUGGCAAAGUCCUUGAGGUCAAAAAUCUACCAAGGGCUGAAAACUAUACAGACUCAGAUUUUAUGAAUAUCAUAAAGCGAUAUGGAGACGUAACCCACCACGUGCUGUUUCGCAGUUGCAAAAAGGGGUUUGUUAAGAUGGUGUUCGCAUCUGAUGCAGAGAGAAUUGCAGCUGAUUCUAAGAAUCAAGAUAUUGUACUACGUGGUAACAUCUUGAAGAUUAAAGUGUGUGAGAAGUACUGCCAUCUACCAAAAGAAGGUGUUGAUUCUGAUGAUGAAGAGAUUAGAAGAGGAGAAAUAUCUAAGGAGUCCAAUAAUAAGCAGCAGAGUGGUGCACUCAAUGGUAUCGCAGAGUCUUCAAAUGAAUCUCUCAAAACAGACGAGCCAGUAGGAACUGAGUUUGUGCGGCCUGUAGUGGGAUACUUCUGUUCCCUGUGCAAUGUCAUCUAUGCCAGUGAAGAGGAAGCAAAAGACGAGCACUGCAGAAGUCCAUCACACUAUGAGAAAGUGAAGGAACACAAGGAAAGAAGUGGCUCUGUGGAAAAUAAAAAGUAAUGUGUGUAUAUAACUGAAAGGCUGUGAGAGAAAGAGAGGACAGUUUCAAGGGCGCAGAGUGGACCGGCCCCCCGACCCUAGGCCAAAUGAAGACUGUCCGGAGUGGGGAGGAGGAGGGGUGUACAACUUGACAGGUGCCUGACUCCAAAGGCUUCUGGUUGUCCCAGUUAGCACAGAUAAUAUAGACAGGUGUCAGCCUUCUCUUGUUGUCAUCAUAUACUGUCCUGUAUCAUAAUUGUGUUCAUGUGUUUUAAUAAUAAAACAAUUUUGCAGGUACAUUUUAUUCAUUGUAUGCCAAGGAGGCCUCAUGUUCAGCUGAAUUUGUUGUUGAAAUGUUUUAACAACAAUAUCCAACUGAAUAAAAUGGCAUAUUUAUUUUACUGUUGAAAUUGAUGCUAUUUUUAAAUGUGUAUUAAACCAUGUUUCCUGUUUA